AUGAUUUUAAGUAGCGAUAUACCAUACAUUAACAGUAAAUCAUUUACUGACCUUUUAUCGGUUGCACACAUUCAGCAACAGAUAUAUUCCCUAAAGAAAUCUUCCUUACAUGAUCUUGAAAGAGAAAUUAAAAAUUUAAUUUCAAAACCAAUGAAGGUUAAAUCAAUAUUCAAGAUGACUCUUGAAUCUGUAUCAAAGAACACUGUUAGUUUACCAUCUUAUGCCGAGCUAUUAUCUUUUAUUAUCAAAAAUGGAACAUUUAUUUCAAAAUCAACAGACUUAAAACAUUAUAUUGUUCAGAAAAUACUUUUAGAUGCCGGAAAAACACCAGAUGCCUAUAAGUCAUUAAGUUUAAUUCAGCUUUUAUAUUAUUUAUCAAAAGAUAAAGAUAUUUCAUCAGAAACAAUCCUUUCAAUGUUUGUUAAAUUAUACAAACAAGGCAAAUUUACAUUCCUAAGUUCAUUAUACUUCUUUGCCGUAUUUUGCAAAGAAUUACAUGAUUUUAACCAGCAGAUUUACAGAAACAUGUACAAUAUCCUUAUCAGAGCAAAACAGAACAAAGCACUUCCAGCUAUUCUUGAUUCAUUCGUUGAAAAUUUCCAAAUCUUCCAACACAACGAUUUCAUCCACUCAAACAAGCUGAUCGAAGCAAUACUGAGCGACAAUGUCGACGAAUUUAUCAGUGUUUGCUCAAUGCCAGAUUUUAACUUCAAUCAGCCAGCUCCGUUUUAUCUACUCUUUGCUCCAAAGCUUCCAUGCCAGUCUCCAUCGCUCAUUGACCUCGUCGCUUUUGUUGGAUCUGAAGGCUGCUUCAGGUAUUUGAUAAAUAAUGUUCAAAAGUCCAGCAUAAACAUUGAUUCUCUUGCCAGAUGUGCAGUUGCUAGCGGAAUUCCAACAAUUGUCCGCCUUUCGCAACAAAUUGGCUGCAAUGUUUCCUCAAUAAUUGACGUGGCCGCCGAAUACCACAGAGUACAACUGAUUCAGUGGAUGCUUGACUACAAUCCAACAACGAAGUCCCUCUCCGAUGCCUGCAACAUCGCGGCUUCCACUGAUGACAUCGUAUCUCUAUCAAUUUUGAUACAAGAGACAGGAAUCAAUGGAACUCCAGUUCAUUUGGCCGCUAAGAACAAGUCAUUUUACUGCUUGUCUCUGUUCAAGCUGUUCAACACAAAGUUUGACUCAAUUGAUUCAACGGGAUCUACUCCAUUACACUACGCAGUCCUCUCUAAAAGUAGGAGAUGCGUGCAGUUGGUGAAGUAUCUGAUCUCUGAUAUCAAUGCAACUGAUUUUUGCCACUAUUCAGCUCUAGAUCUUGCAAAACUGAACAAUUUGACUAAGAUUGUCGAGCUUUUCAAUGCACCUGCAUAA